AUGCUAGGCUAUAGCCCCUACUCAUACCCGUUUGUAUCAUUUAUAAUCGCGCUGUGGUACUACCCUUAGGCGAGUGUCGCCGACUGAUAUGCAGGCAGGUUGAACGGGACGGUACUUCCCCGAUAGCUGUCCAAUACGCAUCACCGAAAUGCGGAAGGCAAGGGGACGGCGGCGUUCCUUCAAUUAUUUGAAAAAAUUAGAAAACAUCCUAAGUAGAAUUAUUUUUAUGUUUAGGUGUUUUUGCUUUUCCCACCUUCCCCAACCCAAUCUUAUCUGGUCCGCUCAGGCGAUCGUCAAAUAGCAGCUGGAUUACUGUCCACUUCAGCAGCUCGAAGUAUCGAUUAAGUUAUGCGUCAUGGCCAAAACUUCAGUGGCCCGUAUGGCCAUAUGACUGCCACCGACAAAUAAUAAAAUAUGUCAUCGAAACACAUGCGUGUUUUUACAAUAUAUAAUUUGUGACAUUUGCCGUGCUACGCCCGCGCGCUUGCGUGUCCGCGCGCCACGCACGCGGUGCGCAGUUCCGCAGUUCCCUUCCGCUGGUCGCUUUUGUGGUCGGCAGCAAGCGGCGCACUGGCGCCCCACUGUGGAACGCGCCCGCCGCGCGAACGUCUGCUGAGUAAACAUCCAUGUGGCAGUGAAGUUCGAUCAAGUCUGCUAUGGCAGUAAUGGAUUCCUCGAUGUGACAAAAAUGGAAAACAAAUCCCAUUGUAUUCAAAGUGUACUUAUUUUCCGUGUGUUUUGUGUAGAAAAAUAACGGUACUAUAUGUCAACCAUCAACGAAUAUGCCAACAAAAGUGUCCAAAAAGGUUGCAGGCAUGAUAAUAAGAAGUAGGAAGACCAUACUAAAGGACGGAGUAAUGACGACCUCGGGGAUCGGGGAACCAAGCGUUUACCACGCCUUGGUUGUUAUUUUCCUGGAGUUCUUUGCAUGGGGACUUCUUACUAUGCCUGUUAUUUCGGUGCUUAAGGAGACUUUCCCUGAGCACACCUUCUUGAUGAAUGGGCUCAUCAUGGGCAUAAAGGGUAUCUUAUCCUUUCUGAGUGCACCACUGAUAGGAGCUUUAUCAGAUGUGUGGGGACGCAAAUUCUUUCUACUUGUCACUGUGUUUUUCACGUGUGCACCUAUACCUUUAAUGUCUAUUAAUCAUUGGUGGUUUUUCGCCAUGAUCAGCAUCUCUGGAGUUUUUGCAGUUACCUUCUCCGUUGUUUUUGCCUAUGUUGCGGAUGUCACUGAGGAAAAUGAGCGUAGUUUGGCUUAUGGUUUGGUAUCAGCUACAUUUGCUGCAAGCCUGGUCAUCAGCCCUGCCCUUGGUGCAUAUAUGAUGAAUGCAUACAGUGAAAAUCUUGUUGUUGCUGUUGCCACUGCAAUUGCAUUGCUCGACGUAUUUAUCAUUCUUGUGGCUGUGCCAGAAUCCUUACCUGAGAAAGUCCGACCGUCUUCUUGGGGAGCACCAAUAUCAUGGGAACAAGCUGACCCUUUUGCUGCAUUGCGUAAAGUUGGAAAGGAUCAUACAAUUCUUAUGUUGUGCACUACUGUCUUUUUGUCCUAUCUUCCUGAAGCUGGACAGUACUCCUGCAUUUUUGUGUAUCUGAAAUUGGUUAUGGAUUUCAAUGAAGUGAUGGUUGCUGUGUUCAUUGCUACCAUUGGCUUGUUGUCUGUUGGCGCUCAAAUGAUUUUAGGAAUUCUUAUGAAACAAUUUGGUUCUAAGCACACGAUUAUGGUUGGUCUUCUCUUUGAAAUGCUUCAACUCAUGUGGUUUGGGUUUGGCUCUCAAAUGUGGAUGAUGUGGGCUGCUGGUGUACUAGCCUCUGUUUCAAGUAUUACUUACCCUGCUAUCAGUGCAUUUGUUUCAAUGCAUUCUGAUGCUGACAACCAAGGGCUGGCUCAAGGAAUGGUGACAGGAAUGAGAGGCCUGUGUAAUGGUCUUGGCCCAGCAAUGUUUGGUGUAAUAUUUUAUCUCUUUCACGUUGAUCUGAACGAUGAUGGGAAAGCUCGCGAUGACUCAAGAUCCACUCACAUUAUUGAUAAUGCUACAACUGGACAUGCCGACAGUUUCCCACAGGAGCCUGUUUGGGCUAUUAUUAGCCAGUUGAUUCCUGGUCCACCAUUUGUCUUUGGAGCCCUACUGGUUAUCUGUGCACUGUUAGUAGCGGCUUUCAUACCCGAAGGAGCUGGGGUGACAAAUAAUUUCCGUUCUGGUUCGCGUAGGCAAUCAGGUCUGUCCAUGGAAGUACAUUAUGAGGUGGAACGCAGCAAGAAACAUGAUGGUCUUAGCCCACUCUCGCCACUUGUUGAUGAUUCAGCUAUUCUAUAGAUUUGUGCCAAGAUUUGUGUUUACUUGUCCAAGAAUGAAAUUUUAAUGGCAAAUACCCAGAAAUUGUUAGGGUGAUGCCUUCUAAACUAUUUUGCCCAGCAUCCAUGAUCAUUGUUAAGAGCCAAGAAUUCAGGUCUGAUCUAUCUUCAUACCUACUUGCUGAAACGAGGAAAUAUUGACUAGUCUUUCUGACUUAAGCAGAAUUCAGUAAAGAAAAUGUUAGGUUUUAAUAUUAUGAUUUAAUGUUUUGAUGUACCAUAGUAAAUUUACAAGAAUACAAAGUUCUAAAUGUGUGUGUGAGUAGGACCUUUGCAUUAUUCAUUCAUUCAUACUUCCAUGUCUAUUCUGAUUCAAGUCAGUGUCCUGUUCCCAUACAAAUUGCAAUGGAACUCAAAAUACUAGUUACUCUUAUGAGAGGUUUAUUCAUUCAUUCAUUAAUAUUAAGGUGCAAGGCAAACCACUGAUAAGUUUUGUCAUGCAAAGAAUGUGAUACCGAUAUCUAUUCUCUGUUGCACUGAUUGAAGUGAACCAUUCCACUCAUCUUCAUAAUUUUCUUUUAUUUGUCUGAGUUUGAAGUUAAACUUUACUUAAUAAUUGUAUUUAUCAGUCAUCAUUACAAAAUUCAUCACUUUGGUUGAUUCCUGCUAGCUAUUUACACUGACCAACAUGUUUGUUUUACCACUUCUGGUCAGUUUCAUAAUUUGGUGCUCAAUGUUUGAGAUAGUAUAAGAGCUGUGUGUGUAUAUGCAUAAAUAUUAAGUCAUUUAUGCACAAGGAAAGAUACAAAAGCUUCUUGCCAUUGCUAGAAGAAAUCCGGUGCUUUGAACUCGUGGCUGAUCUCCGUCCUGCUGCGUGUUUGAGGUUUUACCUUGUUUGUGCCUUUCAUCAUUGAGCAUUGUUAGUUUUUUGGGUGGAUUGGUACUCUGUAAUCUAAAUGACCUCACACUUGCAAUGUGAGUCAGCUAUUGUGUGAAUGGAAAAAUGUGUUGAGCAUAUUUGAUGUAAUCUAUAAUCUGUUAAAAGGUUGGUCUGUGAUUUGAUUUGUCUUAUGAUUUAGUGUCUAAUUUAAUGUAAAGCUUAUUUAAUUCUUUAGAGGAAACAAGAAAGGGAACCCAAUCUUAAAUUGGAUGCCCUCUAUUGCAUUAUUCCUGUUUGUUGAUAUUUUAAUUCUCCUGUCAUAAGUUAUACCUCGUUCUAGUUAUCUACCUUCUAUGUAUGGGAAUGAUAAAAAAAAUCAUAAAUUUAACCAUUUUAGAUCAGAAAGUUGCUUGGGUGAACACUAGUUGUUAUCCAAAGUGUCAUACUGUUAUGAAUUUGAUGUAUGUAGUGUGCAUCUAGACUGUCUGAAGUAUGGAAAAAACAAAAAAACACAUGUGGCUGAGACUUCAGCAAAUUAAUUAAUUAAUCUGUAGAGAUGUUUGUGGUGUCUUUCCUACCUGUUAUUUGCCAUUUCAUUGUUCAUAUUGUUUCUUUCAAUGGGGUUGUAUUUUUCAGAUUACUUACAAUUACCAAGGAUGGCUUUUAUUAUGUUGCCCUGUUUUACACAUACAUUGUUUACAUGGCUAUUAUUUAAAUCAUGUUUAUUUUGACUGAAGCUGAGAGUGUUCAGAGGUGUGUUUGGUGUUUCUGUUAGUGUUACAUUAUACAAUGCUGUCAACUACCGAGCAGACUGAUUGCCUUACUCAACUUUGCAUUAUUAUUAUUAUUGUUGUUUGCUUGUUGGUCGAUGAUCUCUUGCCAUCAGCCAACCGAAGUUAAUUUCCUUUUCCAAUUUAACAAUGUUUUAUGUUUGUGCUCCAUGGCCCAUUAAAUCCUGGUACUGUUCAGCAAAACACUGCAUGAGUAUUUGAUUUUUUUAAAGUCUCAAAAAAUAUUAGCUUUUAUUCUUGAUAAUAGUUGUGCAGCUAGUUGAUUUUUGUGCAUGUCUAAUUUAACUACAGUAUGUAGCUGUUUAUUUUUCUCGGCGGGUGUGUGAGGUUGAUUCGGAAGGAAAUGUUCCUUUAUCUUUAUGAGGGUAUGUCUACAUGCAUGAGAACUUUUCCUUCCUCUUGACCCCCAAGUUACAAUUUUAAGAUCAGUGCAGUUGUUUGCUCUCUACUUUUUUCCAAUUAGAAAAGCAAGUGCUGUUUCAUCAAGGGACCACAUCACUAGAGUUAUGGUUUUUACUGUACUUCAUCCGUAUAUUGUUUUAUUCAUCUUGACUGGAAUAUGGCAUAGUAAACUUGUUGCAUUAUAUUCCAAAACCUGGAACUGGUCUCCUUUGAGUUCCCAUGCAUGUAUUGUUUUCAGUAUGGACCUUUGCAAGUUGCUGUAAAAUUUAGAUUCAUUAUUUGUAUUUGUUGUGAUUUGUGAAGUUUUUUGAUUUUGAAAAUUUUCUUGAUGUUUGUUUAAACUCCGUUUUUUUUUUUUUUUUUUUUUUAAUUGUAUUAACGCAGGGGGAGGCAGUUCACUGACUGAAAUAAUCUAAGAUUUCUUUUUAUUCCUUUGUGACUCCCAUUUGUGUUUGUAUCAAAUUUUACUUUAUGAUGCAAAUUUUAUACAUUACUGUGUUAUUAAGAGCAAACUAUUAAACGUUUGUUGAAAUCUUCUAUGCCAAAGAGUGGUCAAUGUAUGGAAACAGCUGCUUGAGGUAAAUGAGCAACUAUUUCUCAAAAGAUGCAAUAUUUUAUCUAAUUUUGUUUUCUUAAAAAUCUUCAACAUUGCAAAGCAGGGCUUGAACCAAAUACAUAUUUCCAACGUAUUCUACUUACUUUGAGACCACUAAACAACUUCAUGUUGCUGCUUUCAGAUUACUUGUGAUUCAAAUUUUAUGAGCAACCAUUGUUCACUUGUUGAUUGUGAAGGCAUGCAUCACAUUUGGAAGUUAUGAAGUUAGGUAGUCUUUAUUUAAACAGUUUUCCUUUACUUUCUUGUUUUCCUCUUUUACCCCAGGUUGAAAGUUAGUGUUUUAUGGGCCUUUAAUGUCAGUCACUUAGCAGUUUAGGCUCUCUACAGAGCUUCUGCCUGACUCAAUUCAACACUAAAUACUGAAAACCUGCAUUCCUGCAUUCAUGCUGGUGUUUACCCUCUUAUUUUGCCAAUAAGGUCACUUCUAAAAUACUUGCAUUACUUACAAAUUUUUGUUCCCAGUGCUAGAAACCUCUUUAUGUCUGUGUUUGAUCUGUACUGCCCUUUCUCUUGUAGUGUCUACCUAAAUUUAAACAUUCUAUUUUCUACAUCCACUGUUGUGAAAGUGUUUGUGUAAACAAGUGAUGAUAUACUUAGUUUUUUUUUUUUUUGAAAAGCGUAAUGUUUCAAAGAAUACUGUUUCUUUUAUUAGAGAUAAGAAUAAUGAGUGUUUUUCAGUGGUGGUAACAGAGCAAGUGCAGCAAUUUGACUUAGUAUUUUUUUCCCCCCUGUUUUCUUUUGUUUUUUUGUUUUACCUUUCACCUAGAGAUGUAAUCGUUGAGAAUUUGUUAACAAGCCUCUCUUCUGUUCCUGAAAUCCACGCUUGUUUGUUUUGUUUGUUAGAAAGAAGUAAAUUGGGUCAUUUUGUUUUUAAAUCUAACUGCACUACUUGUUGAUUUUCCAUAUUUUUUUGCUUGUAUUCUUUCUGGACUCGCACAAACUUCUUUUAUGUGAAUUUGUCUGAAGUGGAGUUUCAUUAAUUCUUUUUUUUUUAUCUCAGUGUUGUCUGCUUAAAAUAGACAUAUGUUUUUUGAAAAUAAAGUAAUUUAGUACCAAAUGAUAGAAAAGAGAUUUCCCGUCUUUUUUCUCUAGAUGGGCUGACCUUUUUGCUGUGGCAUUACUUUGGACCAUACACUUUUCAAAUGACAGAAGUUUUGUUGUCUCCUUAUCUUAUGUCUUUCUCUAUCUUCUAUGGCCUGCAAUAUUUUCUUUCUUUCAGGAAUAUUGCCUUCAUUAAGCUUAUUUUUCUACAUUAUAAAAAUUAUUAGUUGAAGGAUGGAUGAAUUUAACGUCUCCCGCUCCAUCCUUUCCCUUGUGCUCUCCUUUUCUGUCUCUGAACCAGCUGAUCCCUUUAUUUGGUUUCAGAUUCAUGCAGACAAAUAUAUAGUCAUCUAGAUUGACAUUAUAGAAAGUUGAGAAAUGUGAUAGCUGACUUAGGUUAUUUGCCUCUACCAGUGGUUGUUCACUCGAGACAACGGGCAGUAGAUCUAGAUAUGGUAUUUCCUGUUUCUAACUAUGUCCUGUAAUUAUUUUUAUGUACUAUCCAUGCGGCUCAUAUUUUACAUAUUUGUCAAUUCACUGUCCUUCAGGUUUGCUUCUAUAUUAGUAGGGGGUCUUUUCUUUUUGUUUCUUUAUCUUUCUUUUUUAUUUUAAGGAUAUAAGGGCUGAUGCAUUUCUAUGGGUGCAGAUGAGGAACAUUGUUCUUCUUUUAUCAUUAUACAUAAGUGUAAGACAUAUGUUGUUUCACCAGUUUUCCUUUCUGUUUUGUUGUAUCAACAUAUUAAUCUGUAGUAAUUGUGGUUGCACUUUGUAAUUUUGAUCUUUUUAAGAGUAAAAUGUAAUUUAUUUAUGGCAGUUUUACUGACUUUAUUGUAAUCUAGGUUAUACUGCUGUACAUCAGUGCAUGAAUCAAUUUUAAAUGAGCAUGAUGUGCAUACUAAUAAUCACUGCCACAGCAAUUAAACAAAAAUGCUAGGCUUGAUUAACAUGUGCACAAUCAUAUCUCACAGCUUUGUUGUGAUAGUAUUAUUUUCUUUAAAUCUGAAAAGUAUUUGUUUUCUGUUUCAUCUGAUUAUUUUUACAAUUGUUACUGUGACAAAAGUAGAAACCUAUGAGUAGAAACUACCAUUGCAUUUAAUGGCAGAAAAAGAAAGGAAAACAAUAUGUGCAAAAGUUGAUCAGGGUUAGGGAAGCUCUUUUGUAUUUUUCAGUCCUUUGUAAACAUAUUUUUCUGCCACUGUACAAAGUACAUAAUGUUGCUGUGAACUGUAGUGUUGAUUUGUGACGAGAGUAAAGACACUUUAUUUGUGA